CAAGGCCUUUGAGCAGGCGCCGUCAUGUCUGUUCCGCGUAGCUCCGCCUCCACGCAACACUUUUCCGAGGCUUCUCAUUGGAGAGCAAGCCUGUCAAAGGCUGUCUGUUGUUUCAGAGGCGGGGCCUGCUGCCCUGCCUGCAAUCCGAUUGGUCCCGCGGGCCGUCUACCUCCGGCCGGACAUACCUACAUCAGCUUUUUGUGCGACUCUUGGACCUGGAGGACGAUCCUUUGGUGUCGAGGGCGGGGAGGACGAAAGCGCCCACUGUGGAUUGGAGGGUGUCAAAAAGAGGGGCGGUCCCUACUGAAGGGGCGGUUGGGAGACGAAGGGAGAGUCUUUUCAGCGCUGAGGACUGGCGCUGAGGAGGCGGCGGUGGCUCCCGGGGCGUUUGAGCGGGCUCACCAGAGCCCGCGGGCCAACGCGGAUCCAGGCCCGACCGGCGGGACUGCCCCGGACUCCCCGCGGGCCUUCCUAGCCGCCAUGGAGGACGGCGUCUAUGAACCCCCAGACCUGACUCCGGAGGAGCGGAUGGAGCUGGAGAACAUCCGGCGGCGGAAGCAGGAGCUGCUGGUGGAGAUUCAGCGCCUGCGGGAGGAGCUCAGCGAAGCCAUGAGCGAGGUGGAGGGGCUGGAGGCCAAUGAGGGCAGUAAGACCUUGCAGCGGAACCGGAAGAUGGCAAUGGGCAGGAAGAAGUUCAACAUGGACCCUAAGAAGGGCAUCCAGUUUUUGGUGGAGAACGAACUUCUGCAGAACACACCUGAGGAGAUCGCCCGCUUCCUGUAUAAGGGCGAGGGGCUGAACAAGACCGCCAUCGGGGACUACCUGGGGGAGAGGGAAGAGCUGAACCUGGCAGUACUCCAUGCUUUUGUGGAUCUGCAUGAGUUCACCGACCUCAAUCUGGUGCAGGCCCUCAGGCAGUUUCUAUGGAGCUUUCGCCUCCCCGGAGAGGCCCAGAAAAUUGACCGGAUGAUGGAGGCCUUCGCCCAGCGAUACUGCCUGUGUAACCCUGGGGUUUUCCAGUCCACAGACACGUGCUACGUGCUGUCCUUCGCUGUCAUCAUGCUUAACACCAGCCUCCACAACCCCAAUGUCCGCGACAAGCCAGGCCUGGAGCGCUUUGUGGCCAUGAACCGGGGCAUCAACGAGGGCGGGGACCUGCCUGAGGAGCUGCUCAGGAACCUCUACGACAGCAUCCGAAAUGAGCCCUUCAAGAUUCCUGAGGAUGAUGGGAACGACCUGACCCACACCUUCUUCAACCCGGACCGGGAGGGCUGGCUCCUGAAGCUGGAUGUUCAUGGAGCCCUUCUGUGCCAGGCCCUGAGCUGGGCUGAGGAGGCAGUGAGAGGCAGGUGAUGCUGUCCUUUUGUGGGGGAGAGUUCACUCUGGCUUCUCUCUACUGCGUUAACCCAGCCUGAGGGAGACCCACCUCUGGAACCUGUUAUUCCCUUGGCAAUAGUUGAAGAAUUCCCAGGAUCCCAGGCAGGACUGACCCUGCACUCCAAGGCAUCAGGCCCAGAGCCCUGGCUGUCCCAGCCACCCACAGGCAGAAAACCCAACAAGCGAGGAAAUCUAUCCCAGAUUCUGGCUCCUGGCUUCGGAGGGAAUACCCAGGGCUGGUGCAGAUGAGUCGGGAGGCCCAGCAGGGAUGGAGAGGGGAGUCUUCGUCGUAACAUGUGGCACUGGCACAUUCACGGUCGGUUAGCGUGGAUCAGACAGGAUGGUAGCGUGGUGAGGAGCUAGCACGAGGAUUGGAGUUGUUCACAGCCCUGGCUGCGCGUGAGAUUCACCUGGGCACUUGGAAAAGUCCGGUGGCCAGGCCACAGACUUCUGAAGUCAGGCUCUCAGAGGCAGGAGGGCCAUCAGUCAUGGUUAAAGCUCCCCAGGAGCUCCCAAUGUAUAGGUGAGGUUGAGAGCCACUGGCCUGGAGCGGCGCCUGGUAACAGCAGGUGCCACCUGCGAGUUAGAUGUAGUUUAUAACAGAAGUGGGCACAGCUGCUCCAGAGAGACGGAUCUGAGAAGCUACAGCCCAGUGCAACAGUGGAGGCUUCCUGGGACAGCAGGAGAACCCAGAGGAAGCUUCUAGCU